AUGAACUUCAACCCCUUCCUGACGUGGGGCUGCAGCACACACCGCAAGCGCCACGUCAACGCCCCCUCGCACGUGCGCAGGAACAUCAUGUCUUCCCACUCCAAGGAGCUGCGGCAGAAGUGCAACGUCCUCUCCAUGCCCAUCCGCAAGGACGACGGGGUCCAGGUGGUUCGAGGACACUGCAAAGGUCAGCAAAUUGGCAAGGUAGUCCAGGUGUACAGAAAAUAUGUCAUCUACACGGAGCGGGUACAGCUUGAGAAGGCUAAUGGUACAACUGUCCAUGUGGGCAUUCACUUGAGCAAGGUAGUUCUCAUCAGGCUAAAACUGGACAAAGAUCGGAAAAAAAUUCUUGAACGCAAAGCCAAAUCUCGACAGGUCGGAAAAGAGAAAGGCAAAUAUAAGGAAGAACUUAUUGAGAAAAUGCAGGAGUGAAUGUAACCUGUUGUGCAAGCCCGGUUUAACUGUAGACUUUUAGCCUGGUGUGUGUUCCUUGGAAACUUAAGAUGUCUGCCAAACACUUCAUUUCCUUCCUGUUUUGUUAUUGAUAAUGUAGCUUUGUAAAUCUGCCUUUGCUGUUUUGAUUAAUUAUUUUAUAAAUAACAGUGGAAAUGUUCCUAAUUUGAA